CGGAAGUCUAGUUGUUGACCAUAGAAUCGUGACGUCGGACACCCCGGAAGCUAAUGCAGGGGUCACCAAUGCGCUUGUUGGACUGGCUGCCGGUGCCACUAUGACUUAUGGCAACCAAUCUGUUCAAGCCUCUGCCAUAACUUUGGAGAACAACAUGGGUAUCCAAGUUCCCAUAACGGCGAACUCUGACCCCUGCGUACUAUUUGCUGCGACAACAACGGCUAGCUGUGGUGACGGGAAAACGUGUGAGGUGAUUGGAGGCAACGCCACCUGUGUAGAAAUCCAAUCUUCAGAUGAAUGGGGCUCUAUUGUCGGACUCAGCGUUGCGGUGUUUGCUGUUCCUCUUCUCAUCACAUUAGUACUAGUGCGGUUGUGUACGAGAACCUGGAGUAGAAGAAACCAACAGAAAUUCAGGCCCCAGGGGACAGCGAUUGCCCUUCCAACGCGGUUCCAUGCUAAGAUGUCAAGCUGGAGCCACCUGCAGCCAUCAUUUUACUACAAUAACUGGCCAGACCUGAGUGAAUCGGAGAUGACCGUACCAGCUUCUUUUAGAGAUCUCCCAUUAUAUAAUAACGUGGAGUACGAUAAGCCUCGCAUGAAACGAGACCGCAGAUAUGCAGGGGAGGAUACGUAUUAGUUCAACUUGUCGGGCUCAGAGAGCAGACGUUAUUAAUACGGAACUCAGGUUUUUCGCUGAAUUCGCUGAACGAAAGUCAUAGCUUAAUUAUAAGGCGGAGUUUGGCGUCAUCUACCGAAGUAAGGUGGCAUCGACAUCGACAAGUAAAAGCACCAGUAAUUUCAAGAAUGCAUUUAAAAAGGUUUACAAUAUUUAAAUGAUAAUGUAUAACUAUUUAAGAUGUUACUUCCGACAAAAGAAUAAUAAUUGAAAAAUGAAUUCUGACGAAAGAAUGAUAAUCAAUCAAUGAAUUAUAUGAUAAGCCAUUGUAUAUAUAUAUUAUUUGUUUUACAUCCUUUGUGUUAUUACUACCUUCUUUUAAUGGAGGGAUUUCAGUCAAUGUCUCGCAUGGUCAAAUACUAUAUAACAUGAAACGUUAAUUGUAUAUUAGCUUUCGUUGUUUUCGUGGUUGUUAUGGACAACGAAUUGAUAUAUGCAUUAUUGUUAUAUUAUUGGGCGAACCACGAAAGUUUGUACCCAAGAUAUUAGCUGAAGCUCUUCAUCGCGAAAAAAAGUAAACACGAACAUUUCUUAAUAUUGGUUAAUGAAUAAAUGCAACCCGAAAAAAUCUAUCGUUAUACGCCUUUAAUUUGGCAUUAUAUCGAACAUAGGACUCUGUAUUAGACUAUACCGUAGGUUCCAUUGAAUGACUUUUUGUGAGAGAGUGUUAAUGCUGUCGAUGAUAUAGCAUCGUUAAAUUUCGCUGAAUAUGUAUUA